AGUUGUUUCAAGCUGCGGCCAAAAAGAACUCCAGCCGGUAAGAGGUGGCCCUAACCCAGUCUGACCUUAUAGAAGCUUCAGCCGCUUCUUUGCCCCUCCUGCCACCCAAGCUCCAAACCCUAGCUUCCUAGCCUACGCGUCCCCGAGCGAGCAUGGAUCGGAUCGUCGGUAGCAAGUACAAGCUGGGCCGCAAGAUCGGGAGCGGCUCCUUCGGGGAGAUAUAUCUCGCCACGCACGUCGACACGUACGAGAUUGUAGCCGUGAAGAUCGAAAACAGCAAAACCAACCAUCCCCAAUUGUUAUACGAGGCCAAACUGUAUAAUGCUCUUCAGGGAGGGACUGGUAUUGCAAACAUAAAAUGGUGUGGCAUUGAUGGCGAAGAAAAUGUUCUUGUUAUUGAUUUGCUUGGGCCAAGCCUUGAGGAUCUGUUUGUUUAUUGUGGCCGGAGAUUCUCACUGAAGACAGUUUUGAUGUUGGCAGAUCAGAUGAUAACAAGAAUAGAGUUUUUGCAUUCUAAGGGGUACUUGCACAGGGACAUCAAGCCCGACAACUUUCUUAUGGGCCUUGGUCGGAAAGCUAACCAGGUCUACAUCAUUGACUUCGGACUUGCCAAGAGAUACCGUGACUCAACCACGAAUCGCCAUAUACCCUAUAGAGAAAAUAAAAAUUUGACUGGCACAGCUCGCUAUGCAAGUUGCAACACUCAUCUUGGGAUUGAGCAAAGCCGAAGGGAUGAUCUGGAGUCCAUUGGAUAUGUUCUCUUGUAUUUUCUAAGGGGAAGUCUUCCUUGGCAGGGUUUAAAAGCUGCGACAAAGAAGCAGAAAUAUGACAAAAUAAGUGAGAAGAAACUUUCAACACCUAUCGAGGUUUUGUGUAAAACCCAUCCUGUGGAAUUUGCUUCUUAUUUCCACUAUUGCCAUUCAUUGACAUUUGAUCAACGGCCAGACUAUGGUUUUCUGCGACGGCUCUUUAGAGACCUGUCGGACCGUGAAGGGCACCAAUUCGAUCAUGUCUUUGACUGGACAUUGUUGAAGUGUAAGCAAACCCAGAAGGUGAAGGCUCAACAGCAAGAUCCUGGUGUAAGUAGCAGGCCGGUUGCAAAGAAUAUGGACAAACACCAAGUUAGUGGUUUACGUGCAGCUGAAGCUUCUUGUCAGCUUGAAGCAGAACAACGCCCAGUAAUCAGAAUGCAAAUAAGAUCUACUGCUGAGAACAGCCGUUCAAAUAAUCGACAUUCUGAUAAAUUGAGAGUGAGUGCUAGCACUGAUAAGGAAUUGCUGCAAUCAACAUCAUUUGGCCAUGCUGGUGCCCCAAGGAAGAACGUAUCAAUCUCCAAAACACCAUGGCUUGUCGAUCCCAACUCAGGACCUUCAAACCACCUUUAGCACUCAGAUCAGUUAGUUCGUAUGUUCAUGCCGGUCUAUUUAGUAACCAUUGAGGGGAUACUGUGUGCCCCGCCAGACAACGAGCCCUCACUCCUGGACUGGUGGCAAUCGGCAUGACAAUCCGCCGCAACGCCCAUGCGCAAGGGCCUGGGUACCAUGACCCUUGUCCCCUGGAUGAUAUGGAAGCACAGAGGCCUCCCUUUGGGCAAGCGCAGGCGCACUAGAGCUUAGAGCCAUUACCCCCCGACAUGGGAUGUCCAUUAAUCGAAAGCUGUAUCUGCCUCCUAGGAGGAAUGUACCUACAACUCUCUUUUCAAUGAAAUGAAAAGAAUGCUCAUGCGUUUUCUUGAAAAUAUAUCUUACAAAGGCUUAUAAAUUGGGCUAUAGAA